CAUUUUAGUGUGGAGUUAAAGAAGUCUAACUAACUUUCAAGAUGGCGACAUAAACAUAACAAAUCUCGAUUAAUUAUCUCUUUUAGAAUAUGAAUAAUUGCACUGGUGCAAACGCAUGCAAUCCUCCCGUGAAUGACAUCGAAUCUUUUCAAUCCUGGUCAGAUAUCGAUGAUAUCAGAUCCAGCCUAAGGAGAAGCAGGUCGUUUGAGCAUGUUGAACAUGAUCUUCUUGACAGUUGCUCAGAAGUUCAUGUUGAUGGACCAGCGUCAUGGGACAUGUGUAGCAGUAUGUAUAAUGCCCCGCCUGAAGAGAAUAUGAAUGAUAGAUUUAAAGCGUUGUCAGUGCGAAAUAAUUUACCGGAUAUGGAUAACUCAUCGAACAAAACUGAAGAGAAAAGAGACAUAAAAACUGAACUAUUCGCCAAGUUGAAUAAUUUCAGACAUGGUUUCAUAUUAAAAACUAAAACUCAAUUUAGCUACGAUCAUCCCAUAAUAUUAUUAGGAAAUUUAUAUCAUCGAAAGUCUUCAUCUAUGCCUCUAACAAUACCUCAUGAUUUUCGUAGAAGUCUAAUUGCAGAAGGUAAACUAGGAAUGGAAGAAUUUAAAAGGGAUAUAUACACUCGAAUACGCUUUACCUACCGCCAAAAUAUGCAUCCAUUACCAAAUUCAGACAAUCUUAAAACAGACUUAGGUUGGGGUUGUAUGUUAAGAGUUGGUCAAAUGAUGUUAGGCUUUGCCAUAUCUCAACAUUUAUUAAAUAGAAGUUGGAGAUUACAACAAAAUUCCUGCGAGCUAUCAACUCAUAGAUCAAUAAUUGAACUAUUUAACGAUUAUUCGGAACCGUUAGGUCCUCUUUCAAUACACGCAAUGAUUGAAAUUGCAAGGAAUUAUGGUAAAAAAGCUAAAGAUUGGUUUGGUCCAGCAACUAUGGCCUGCAUUAUUAAGGAUUGUAUAGAAGAUAUGAAUACUAAUAGAAAAAAGAAAAAAUGUAUUUUGGAGUACUCUUCAGUGAAUCCUUUAUCAAGAUUUUGUGUGUAUAUUGCUGAAAACUGUACAGUUUUUAUGAAAGAUGUUGAGAAAUUAGCAAUGGAUGGAGAGGGAAAUUGGAAAAGUGUUUUAAUUCUAAUUCCUGUUCGAUUAGGGGGUGAAAAAUUAAAUAGAGACUAUGCAGAAUGUUUAAAAGGUAUAUUGUCAUUUGACGGAUGUGCUGGUGUGUUAGGUGGAAAGCCUAGACAUUCCGUUUGGGUUUGUGGUAGUCAAGAAGAUGAAUUUAUAUAUUUGGAUCCUCAUUUAUGUCAAGAAUCAGUUAAUUUAAAAGAUGAAAUGACAUCUAUUGAAACUUUUCAUUGCCGGGAGCCCAGAAAAAUGUCUUUCGGAAAACUAGAUCCAAGUUGUACAAUAUGUUUUAUCUGCAAAAGUCGACAGCACCUAAGCGAGUUACGGGAGAAUAUUCAAAAGUAUUGUAUCACUAAAGAAAGACGGAAUGACUCAACACCGCCGAUGAAAUAUCCCGUUUUUUCAAUAAUUGAUAAAGAAUCAACACCAGCACAGGCAUUAUCAAUAAAUCGAAAUUCUCGGGACAAUCAUUUUGAAGAUUUCGUCCUUCUUUAA